AUGUCCCGUCACACGCAGCCGCAGCACAACGUCCCCGACCCCGCCGUAGUCCACGCGCAUCUCGAGUCUCUGUCCCCGCCGGACCUCUACACCUUCCCCUUCCACAUCGCCCGGCACGAGGAUCCGUGGAGCGAGCUCAAGCCCUUCCUCGACAGGUGGUUCAAAGACGGUGACAUUGUCACGUUUGUUGGGCUCACUGCGAUGUAUGGCUGGGGUGCCGACAAGUGCACGGCCGCGUGCGACGGCGAGACGACCGGCUUCCUUUACGCUGGGAUGGCGUACCAUGCUGCUGCUGCCGAGCGCGCCGCGGCGGAACUUGCUGCUGAGGAGGCUGAACCAACAGUCAAGAAGACGAGGAAGCGCAAGGCAAGGAGCAAGACGAAGAAGACGGAGGGUGCCGCCAUGGAUCCCGAGGCCUCCCCACCUCACCCCCUCCCCCGCAUCGCCGACAUCCAGGCGCUGCACCAAUCGUCAGUCGGACAUGACCUCUACACCUUCCCCCUAGUGGUGCGCAGCACCGACCCCGUGACGGAGCUCGCGAUGUGGUUCGAUGUGCGCAGGAAGAUUCUCAUCGACCUCACGCACAGCAUGGCCCACGGUACCCGUCCGGCCGAGACGUGUACCGCGCGGUGUGAUGCCAACUCCACGCGGUACCUAGACGCUGGCAUGGCAUACCACAUCGCCGCUGCCGAGCGCGCCGCGGCCGAGCUCGCUGCCGACGGGCCCGACGGGGACGAGACGAAGGGGCGGAAGCGGAACCGCAAGAAGGGCAAGCACAAGAGCAAGGCUCGCGGGGAUGGAACAGACGGCGACACGGAACCGCCGAUCACCGAGGCCGACAACACCGGGGCUGACGCCACGCCAACCAGCUACGACGAUGGCAACGCCGAAGGCAGCGAGGAUGAGCACACCAUUGACGACAACGACCAAGAUUCCUCGGACCAAAUCUUCCAGCGCAAAGGAGCGUCUGCCAAGCUCAACUCCCUCACCGACGGCUCCACCAGGACAUGCUUCUGCGAGACGUGCGUCAACCCACCGGGCCGCCUCGCCCGCCUCGACGACAGCGACCUCGAAGACUGGGUCGACGAGGGCGAGCUUGCAGCCGUCCUCUUCCUCUACAAUCCCCCCGAUAACCACUCCUUCUUCUUCGACCGUUCCCUCGUCCCGUUCUUCGAGAAGACCCUCAACGCCGAGGAGCAGGACGGUCCGGCCCCCUCGCGAUACUGCACCCCAGACUGCAUCAUCACCCUCAACGGCCAGCCCGCACCCCGACACUACAUGUGCCUCUGGGACAGCCAGCAGGGCCUACUGAUCGCAGCGCUCGCGUUCCACUCGGCUGUGGCCCACCGCUAUAGUGUCGGCCCUAGCGUCGUGCUGGCCGCCGCGACGGUGACUGCCGUGCGUGUCGGGUUGAACGAGCGCUGGAUCAGACGCAUGCGCGUCGUCGCCCCGCACCUGCUCGUCACUUUCAAGACGGACGAUGCCACGACACUCUUGCUGCCGAAGGUGGAGGACAUGCACUCCUCGAAUAGCCCAUUCGCGAGCGACAACAUCUCGAGCAGCUCGUUGGCGAGCAGUCUCGGGACUGCGGACGUCUCGGUCCGCGUCAGCGACAUGAAUGGCCAGUCAAUCAACGCCGAUGCGGCGACACCGGCUUCAACCGGCAACAGCAUCCCUGGAGGGCAGAUCGAAGUCAGCAUGACUAUAUUUCGCAGCCCCAAGAGCAGUGCCCCGGCAGCCCAGGGCAUCGACGACUCCAACGUCCAUGAUCAUCAGACCGCACUUGUGCAGACCCCUGGAGAGGAGCCAGUUGCCCAACCAGUUGAGCCCAGUGCUACGGCACUCGCGGCUGUGCUUGACGAGACGACGCCAACCAAGCUUGCAACGCCAAAGAAGAAGCGCGUGCGUCGAAAGGCGAGCACGGCACCCGUCGGUCUCGCACCACCACCUGUGCCCCAACCCAGCACAGAAGAGGUCGAGGACGUCGCGGACGUCCCGCCGACGGAAGAAAAACUCGCCAAGCUGGCCGAGGCAUACGCCGCCAAGUCUAUCGACGAGCUUGUGGCUGAGAUCGAGGCGGCUGGGGAGCCUUCACCCGUGAAGAAGAAGCCGAAGGUGCGGAAGGGUAGCACUCGUCCGGGUGACCUUGUGGGGGCUGGGCUUCCCAACGUCCGAGCAGCGAAGACCGCCGAUGCGUUACCGGCCCUACCCCCAACUGGUGAGCCCACCGCUGGUCGCCUAUCCCACGUCAAUACCAAGCCCACCGAGGAUGAGACGGCAACAGCAUCGGCGACUAUUCCAGCUGUCCGCCCCGUCGUGUCUGAGGAGCACGCCGCCACUCCGCCAGUCACACCCAAGAAGUUCAACCUCCGCAAGGGCAGCACUGUACCAGCAGCGAUGGCUACUGAGCUAGGCGAGCCCAACGUUCCCACCCUGAACCCCAACACCACUGCGGGCGAUAUGAACUCCAUGAACAAUGGCGAGAAGGCCAGCAGGCUCGUACCCCCGGCGCUCGAGGAAACGACCUCUUCGUCCAGCUCAUCAGCCGCAAGCUCGCGCCCGCAGACUCCUGUCGGCAUCAGCAUUGCCAUCAACGCAGUCACGCCCGCAGCCCCGGAGACGCCGAAGAAGCGUCGCGUGCGUAGGAAGGGCAGCACGGCGCCGACCGAGCCGGCCGCCGAAGAUUCCACCAGCGUGCACGACGGGUCGCCGCUACCCAGCAUCGACGUCGCGCCCACCGAGGAGGAGAUGGCCCGCUUGGUCGACGAGUACGCAGCCAAGUCGCUCGACGAGCUCGUCGCGGAGAUCGAGGCCGUCGGCGCCUUGCCCAAGAAGAAGCCCAAGCGGCGUAAGGGCAGCACCGUCCCUGAGACUGUCAUGUGCCGCGCCGCCACCGCCGCCACCGCCUCCACCUCCACCGGCGUCUCUGCCGCCGAGACACGGCGCAUGCCGCAGACGUGUUACUGCAAGUCUUGUGAGAACCCACCUGCGCGGUGGAAGCGUAUCGACGACACUGAGUCUGAGCGAUCUGAGCACUCGGAGUAG